AAAACACUAACAUAAUAUUAUUUAUUCACUUAGCACUUAAUAAUAGGAAGGCAGUAGGACCCUGUUAGUUGCUGGUUUCAUCUUGACCACAAGUUGCUGUCAGUAUUAACUUCCGCUUCAGACUUUUCUUUUUGACACGAUGCAUGGAAACCACACACUUUGCUUCUGCCCAGUGGCCGUACUAAAAUGAAGUGUAGCUGAUGUGACCAUAUUAAUUACUGUCUCUAAAGAUGGAGCAGAGAGAGAUUAUACUGCGCUAUGUCGAAGGUUAUCAGAAAAAGAAAGAGAGAUCGGAAGAGUUUGCCAGUGACUUUAUGAAUCUAAAAAGACAGUCUGCAAAGCACAAAGCCGACAACAACUAUUCUACCAAAUCUGCAGAAAAACCUGAAAACUUUAAGAAGAAUCGGUAUAAAGAUAUACUUCCCUUUGAACACAGUCGCGUGGAACUGUCAUUGAUCACAUCAGAUGAAGAUACAGAUUAUAUUAAUGCCAACUUUAUCAAGGGUGUCUACUACCCCAGGGCCUAUAUUGCUACUCAAGGACCUCUUCCAAACACUCUUGUUGACUUCUGGAGAAUGAUUUGGGAAUACAAAAUUGAGGUUGUUGUCAUUGCUUGCAUGGAGUUUGAAAUGGGAAAGAAAAAGUGUGAGCGCUACUGGGUGGAGUUAGGCUCUGAAGCACUGCAGUGCGGCCCUUUCUCGAUUACAUGCUGUAAUGAGAUGAAAAAGACAGAAUACACAAUCAGGGUUUUAAAAGCUGCAUAUGGAAAAGAAAAUCGAAUUAUUUAUCAAUUUCACUAUAAGAAAUGGCCUGAUCAUGAUGUCCCAUCUUCUGUGGAGCAUAUUUUGGACUUCAUAAAUGACUUCCGACAGAUCCAGAAGGAUGACAGUCCACCAAUAUGUGUCCAUUGCAGUGCUGGGUGUGGAAGAACUGGAGUUAUUUGUGCAAUUGAUUAUAUCUGGAGACUUCUGAAAGACAAGAUUAUUCCAAUGAACUUCAGUAUUUAUAGUAUUAUUCAAGAAAUGAGAACUAUGAGGUCUUCACUAGUCCAGACCAAGGAGCAGUAUGAGCUUGUCUACAAUGCAGUGAUCAAUCUUUUCCAAAAUGAACUUGAAAUGAUCAGUGGAACAGGGGAUUCUUCUGGAGCAGUUGGUAGUGAGAAUAUUUCAAAGGGUUUUGAGAAAAAGCAUGCAGAAAACCAAAGCCUACACUUUGGUUUAACCGAGAAAGACAGCGACAGACCUCUCAGAGAUGAUCUUUUGGAAUGUACUAGGAGCCAGCCUUCUGCUAUGUGCAACCAACACUUUCUAACUACUAACAAUAUGGAGCUGACAAAAAUAUCUGGAGCUUGUGAAAUCUCAGAGCUUAGUAGUUCUCUUACCCAACCAAUACCUCAGUGUAAUUCGGCUGUACCUCUUUCAUUUCUAAGUGAAGAACUACAGAAGAAAGAAAAUAAUGAAUCUUGCAUUGUCAGUUAUAAUAACCAAAGGCCAAAUGCUUUAGUCAGAAGAACCUUUUCUGGACACCAGUUAUUAACAAGAACCAAAUCUACUCCAUUUGAGCUGCUACAGCAGAGGCAUUCCCACAUACCUCAUCAGGUUUCUGAGCUAUUUGUUGGAGGUGUAGAUAAAUUUAGCAAUAUUGGAUCUCAUGUUAGAGAUACACAUUUACAUUGUAAUAAUGGCAGUUCACCCAUUACUGGUUCUCUAGGUAAUAUUUCUAUUGCCCCCAGCAUUAACAAUACGUAUAUUCGGCUAUCUGAAGAUCCCUAUUUUUCUCCAUCAUCAUCAUCUGAUUUGGACUCACCAAAGUUUGCUGAUUUCUGUGUAGAAGCCUCAUGCCCUGAACUGUUGAAAACAGCAAUAACAAAUAAAAGAAGCAUAGAAACACCAUUAACUCAAACACCAAUUCUCUCCAAUCAAACUAAACCUCUUGGUGUUGAGGUUGGAUUUGAUUCACAUUUUUCUCAUGGAAAUAUUCCACUCUGCAAAGAUGCAGUUUCUACCUGUCCUGAUAAAGAGAUCCCUCCUCCACUGCCAGAGCGAACCCCUGAAUCCUAUAUAGUAGAUACCGAAACAGAGAGUCUAUGCUGUCAACAACCAGAUCAAAGUACUGCUAUUCCACCCUCAGCUAGCCUCUUGAUUCCACCAAAGAACAUUUCAAUAAUUGUGGAGCAAUCUGACACAGUUCUGAUGGAGACUUCAGGUAACGUCAUAUUGCCCAGACCAGAUCAAAGUACUGCUAUUCCACCUUCAGCUAGCCUCUUGAUUCCGCCAAAGAACAUUUCGUUAAUUGUGGAGCAAUCUGACAUAGUUCUGAUGGAGACUUCAGCAGAAACAUGUGAGCUUCAUCCUACACUUGUUCCUGCUGCCAGGAGUACAAAAAUAGGGACUUCACAAGAAUGGAGUGGCAGGGCCCAAUAUAAAGAUGAUGGACUUAAAUUUAUGACACGCAGCAAGAGUGUAAAAGUGAGGAGCUUCAGAAUGACUGAAUCUAUGGAUAAGACACCUUCACCACCACCACUGCCAGAAAGAACAGAAGAUUCUUUUAUCAUUUUGGAAGAGGGAAAUGCCCUACAGAGUUGCAAUUAUAAUACUGAAGUUCCCUGUCCUUUGCCAUCUGUGAGCUCAGAAAGCAAUGACUUGUCCUCAUCCAACCCAGAAAAACAGAUAACUAGGAGAAAGAGCUUGAAAAUUUUGAGGAAUGUAAAAAAAAAUGUAGGCAAUUCAGUUAAUCCAUCAGAAUCUUCUCAUUCCAAAAGUCCCCUGUCAUUUCUCAGCUUUGGUUUUGGAAAUCGAUUUGCUAAACCAAAAGGACCAAGAAACCCUCCUGCAACAUGGAACUUAUGAUUAUCUUCGAUUUACCUGCUGUCUUAAGUUCCUGCCAAUACACAAAAUUUUUAAAUGACAAAGCAUUAAGCAAUGCAUCUAUCCUCCUUCCAUUCCCUUGCCAUCAGCAGAGCUGGUGUGUAGACAGAUAAAAAGGCUCAGAUUCUGUCCUCUCUACAGAGUUACAAAAGUCUAGAGUAAAUGAAGUAAAUUCAUUGGGUUGAAUUGAUUAAAUAUGUUUUCCUUCUACAAAUCCUCUAAAGAACCAAGUAGAUGGAUUUAAAAAUGGCCAUACACAGGCUGACCCAUACAGUACUCUGACUGAUAAGCCAUAGGGCUGAACAGACAAAUACAAGGGCUACCUGUGUUAAUCCAUUUAUUUGCACCUGCCUCCAGAACAACUGGAGUUUUCUUCAGAAGCAUUGAUCCUCUACCCUCUAGGAUUGCAGGAUUAUUCAUCUGAACGGUCACCCAACUGGCCAUAUGUCCCAGAUGGUUAGCCAGUAUGGACAAAACCUACCUAAUGCAAUCUGGGCAUGUAUUGUCAGCUUAAUGGUACCAUGAAAUCUUUCUCCAGUUUCCCCUGUUCUGCACUAUUUACUACAACACAUAUUUUAUUUAGUUUGUUUUUCAAUAUGAACAAUACAUUGUCAAUACAAGCCCUAUUAGAUCAUGCUAAGCACAGGUGUACAUUGCCAAUUUAAAGUGAUACUGACACAUAAAACUUGUUUUUAAAAUAUGAAUCUACAUAAAAAGUUACCUAUAGGCCAUGUUGAUCAUGUUUUGCUGAUAGGACUGCUUUUGUAAGUAAUUUCUACUUGAAGUUCCUAAACCUGACUGUCCCAUCUCAGCCUGUCAGUUAUAGCUUCUAAUGCUUAUAGACUCCUGCUGCACAAAUAUGGCCACCCCCUCAUAGAGGAUCAUAGGAAUCAGAUAGGUAAUUUGAAAGCAGUAGACAAAUACUUUUAUGGCAACAUUAUAAAUAGCAUGCAAAGCCAAUGUUAUGAUAGAUGUAAAUUUCUGGUGUCAGUAUCUCUUUAAGAAAUUUUUUAUAUUUUUCUUUUUUUAUUUUAGAUUAUCAAUGUUUGUUUUGUUUACAAUGUUUAAACAGUAUUAAAUAUUUAA